AUGGAUGAAACAGCCGACAUAGCCCGACACUAUACCCUGGACUUUGACUGCAAUGCAUCAGUAUCAUCAUCUGUGAUCGACAAACGAGAGAGUGUGGCGUCGGCAUCGGCAUCAACUGAGACGUACAAUUAUGCCGAAACCACCAUUCCCUGUGAUUCUCUGGGAUUAAAGUCAUCUGAUACUUUUCUGCUGUUACGAAACGAUAGUACCUCCCUGGCUGAUUACUCUCCAUACGCCAUUCAAUUAUCGCCUGAGAACCAAUCCUCUAUUUCUUCCGCCUCCCCUGAUUUUUCUCAUAGUAGCCUCGUCUCUUUUGCCUCUCGUGACUAUGCCGCUACUGUCGAUGGUGGACUGCCAACCUUAGAUGAGCAUGAGGCUUGUCUAAUGCGGUAUUUUGUGGUUAAUCUUGCUCCUUGGUUCGAUCUAUGUGACGGGAAAAGACACUUUGCCUGCACUGUACCACUUCGAGCUCGAACAUGUCCACCCUUACUCAAUGCAAUAUACACAGCGUCAGCACGACAUUUGAGUAGGAUAAAGAAGUACUACACCGGAAAUAGCGUGCAUUAUGGAGGCAAGGUUCUUCCAAACCUGACACCCGAAACCGCCAUCCACUACCACAACCAAUGCAUCGCUCAUUUCGUGGCUCUAUCAAACCACUCACAUGAAACACGUGAUGAGAACCUUCUCGCUGCAGCCGUGAUUCUUCGAUUUUACGAAGAAGUAGAUAUACCCUUAAUUGGCCAAGAUACAGAGAGUGCACUCCGAGGAGUUCAAAUCUUUCUAGACGCACAAGCUAUCUCUGCAGUAGCAGGGUCAGGACUCCGCCAUGCAGCAUAUUGGAUUGCACUACGACAAGAGAUUACAACAUCAUUCAGUAAACAGCGAUCCUUCCGACUACCCUUAGGCCCAUGCGACCCAUACCGAUCAUUCGACCCAGCAGACGACUACGUCUGGGCUGACCGACUAGUCAUCCACUGCGCAGACGUUCUCCAGUAUUGCUUUGGGUCGGAAGAGGAAAACGUCCCACACGCCCAAUACCACAAUACUUCCAGCGCGGGGAUCCUCCACCUAGCACCAGCAACAGACGUGCGUAUAGCUUGCUACGAUGAGCUCGUCGCAUUCGAAACACACUGGACCGAGCUAGAUCUACCCGGCUUUAAGCCCAUCUACACACGCGAGUCAGACCGCCAGCGCGGAGAGGUCUUCCCCGAACUCUGGUACCUGAACAACUGUCAUGUAGCCGGUCUGCAGUUUUUGGAGCUCGCGCGUAUCCUGCUCACAGUUUAUAAUCCCAGAUUACCGCGAUUGGGUCUUGGCCAGCGUACAGCGAUGCGAUCGGUGGAUCUUCAGGUACGGUCGAUUGUUGUGAGGUUGUGUGGCAUUGCUCUUUCCAAUCCUCAUAGUCCACCUGGUCUUGUGACAGCUUCUGCUGCAAUUGGGAUGUGUGGGGAUCGAUUCUCGGAUCGACUUGAGCAGGAGGCUUUGCUGGGUGUUUUGAUGAAGCUGGAGGAUGAGCAUGCAUAUCCUACUUCUGGAACACAGGAACAGCUGAAGAGGGCGUGGGGCUGGGAGGGCUAUGAUGGGGAGUAA